UAAUUUCUUUUGAAAUUAAUUGAACCACCGAAGGAACACUCUCUAAGAAACGCGAUCACCUGCGCUGAUGAACAAUCCAGAAGAGAGCAAGCCCAACAGCCCACAACAACAACAACAAUAGAUGGCAACCUCAUCGGCGGCAGUAGAAGGAGUGGCGGCGGCAGCCCUCCGGUCUGUGCUCCAGAGAGUCGACCAGGCCGCCGAGCGGUCGGGUCGUGAAUCGCUGCGGAUCCGUAUGGUUGCCGUCAGCAAAACGAAACCCGUCUCUGUCAUUCGCCAAGUCUACGACGCCGGUCAUCGCUAUUUCGGCGAAAACUACGUCCAAGAACUUGUCGAAAAAGCCCUUCAGGUUCUUUUACAUUUGCAUAAAAGCAUCGAAUUUGUCAAUUGUUGUUUGAUACAAAGGCUUCCGGAUGACAUAGAGUGGCAUUUUAUUGGGAAUUUACAGAGCAAUAAAGUGAAGCCUUUGAUUGCUGGUGUGCCAAACCUUGCGAUGGUGGAAACUGUAGAUGAUGAGAAGAUUGCAAAUCAUCUUAAUCGUGCAGUUGAAAGCCUUGGAAGAAAGCCUUUAAAAGUUUUAGUCCAGGUCAAUACCAGUGGAGAGGAAUCAAAAUCUGGUGUUGAGCCUUCGGGUUGUGUGGAACUUGCAAAACAUGUUAGUCUGAGUUGCCCGAACCUUCGAUUUUGUGGAUUGAUGACAAUUGGGAUGCUUGAUUAUACAUCAACACCAGAGAACUUUAAGACAUUAGCGAAUUGCAGAAGUGAGGUCUGCAAGGCUCUUGGAAUACCAGAAGAGCAAUGUGAACUAUCAAUGGGAAUGUCCGGUGACUUUGAGCUAGCUAUUGAAAUGGGCAGUACCAAUGUCAGGGUUGGAUCAACCAUCUUUGGGGCAAGGGAAUAUCCAAAGAAAAAAUGAGACUAGAUUACUAAUUACAUAUGGGCACAUUCCUUUUUGUCGUCAUUGCAUUGUUAUUAUAAGAGUUGUACUCAAUCCUCAGGCUGUAACGCUUUUACGGUUGGUUGAUGUGGUUCAAUCUCUGGCCUGUAUGGUGGAUGUAACUAUGUACUUUAGUAUUUGGAAAAAGAGAAGAAAUACACUGAUGCAUCUUGGAAUCUAUGGAACUUAUUUGUUGCAUCC